UUUUAUUAUGACAUUUUCAAUGGUCGCAAUAUUUUUCUCCUAUUAACACGAUUUUUCGAACUGAAAGGAUAAAGUUUUCUAUUUUAACUUAAGUUUUGCAGAGAUAAUAAUUGAAAAUGUCGGGCGCAGUGAAAAAGCUAUCGACCGGAUUGACAGGUUUGGUGGUUUCGAAAAAUCCCCAUCAUCAAUUGGCUAGUCUUUACGGUAAAACAUUGCGUGCAUUAGCUCAAAUGCCAGAGACCGCUGCCUACCGUGUGAACACAGAGAAAAUUAUCCGUGAACGUGCUCACAUUGUGGCCACGACACAGAAUGCGAUUGAUAUAGAAAAGAAAAUUGGUUGCGGUCAAAUUGAGGAGUUGAUCGUUCAAGCUGAAAAUGAAUUAUUGUUGUCACGAAAAUUCUUAUCGUGGAAACCAUGGGAACCACUUGCCCGGCAAGCUCCACCAUCACAAUGGACAUGGCCACCGGCAAAAAUCUCACCACAAUCUUAAGCAUUUUUGUUUUGUCUCUUCAUACGCUUAGGAAUGUUUGAAGCAGAAAUGAAACGAAAUUCAGGCUUAAGAAAAUCCAAAUAAAACAUACGGACAUUAUGUAAAAAUGUUAUGUUAAAUAAAUAGGUCAACCAAUUUCAUAGAAUAAA